GACUGCCCUCGUCAACAAAAGCCAUUUACGAAAAGACACAAGAUGCAUAACCAUUUACGUACACAUACAGGAGAAAGACCGUUUAUAUGCACACAUCCUGAUUGUGGGAAAAAGUUCUCAAGACCUGACUCUUUAACGACACAUGUAAAGAUACAUUCAAAUAUUCGACCUUAUCUCUGUAAACAGCCCAAUUGUGACAAAGCAUAUUAUCAUCUAAGAUCAUUACGCAAGCAUGAAAAAACUCACAUGAAUAACAAUGAUAAUAACAAUGACAGUAAUAAUAAUAAUAAUAAACAUCAAGUAACACAAUCAGCAACUUCACAGCUCGAUAAUAUGUCUACUGCCAUGGUAGAACAAGAUAUAUAUUCCGAUUGGGCAUUGUCAACACAGGCUGCCGUAUUUGAUGUCAUGGAAACAUAUCAUGUAUAA